AAGGAAAUCAAAGAUAUCAAGGAAUUCGUCGAAUUGGCUAGAAGAGCUGACAUCAAGUCUGCUGUUGUCAAGGUCAACAAGAAGAUCAACGCCAACGGUAAGAAGUUCAAGCAAACCAAGUUCAAGGUCAGAGGUUCCAGAUACCAAUACACCUUGGUUGUUAACGACGCUUCUAAGGCCAAGAAGUUGCAACAAUCCUUGCCACCAACCUUGAACAUCGAGAACUUGUAA